GGAACCGAAAACAACCCAACACUAUCACUGCCAAACUCCCUUCCCUCUCUCCAAAAAAACAACAACAACAACAACAACAACAACACCAUCAACAUCAAAGAAGAAAGAAAGAUGACUUUCUCCAAAGAAAUCACCCAAGAUCGUAUCCUCAUCUCAAAGAUCCCUGAAGGAGUCACACCUAAUAAAAGCCAUUUUCGCUCUGUAACUGUCACUGAGCCUGCACCUGUCCUUAAAGACAAUGAGGUCUUUGUUAAGAAUCUCAUCUUUUCCUUGGAUCCUUAUAUCCGUCAUGACUUCAGCAAUGACAAGAAGGAAUCAAGGGUGGUUGGAUUUGCGAUAGCAAAAGUGGUUGAUUCCAAGAACCCAAAGUUUCCUGUCGGUGCCUUAGUUCAUUCUCCUUCUCACUGGGAAGAAUACACACAUGUUUAUGAACCUGAAUACAUUAACGAUCUUAAUGUCUUGGAUAAUGCGGUUGACUCCAAGGUGCCCCUUUCAGCUUACACCGGCGUCCUGGGUAUUCCUGGCUUCACUGUUUGGGAUUCACUCAACUUGCGUGGUGACCUCAAGGCUGGAGAGACCAUUUAUAUCUCUAGUGCCGCAGGAACUCUGGGACAGUUGGCUGGCCAAUUGGCCAAGAGAAAAGGCCUUCGCGUAAUUGGAUCUGCUGGCUCGGAUGAAAAGGUUACAUUCCUCAAGGAUGAGCUCGGCUUUGAUGCUGCAUUCAACUACAAGACCCAGGACAAACGUAAAGCCUUAACGGAGGCAGUAGGUGAAGCUGGACUGGAUAUCUAUUACGAUCUUGUUGGAGACGACACUACUGAGAUCGUAUUAGACUUGCUUAACCCACGCGGUCGUGUCCUAGCAGUCGGAGCCUUGGCAUAUCAUCAGAAUACUGAGCCUUAUGCGCCUAAGAACCUGAUCAACAUCCUCUUUAAGGAACUCCGUUAUGAAGGCUACCUUGUCUUUAGUCACUAUGAGAGAUUUGGAAAGUUUCUUGAGGAGCUGACACCUCUGGUGGCCAACGGUGAAGUCAAGUACAAAGACGCUGUCCUCAAACAUGGCGUCGACAAAAUUGGUGAAACAUAUGUCGACUUUUUGAAUGGAGCCUUUGUUGGAAAGGUGAAUGUUCAAGUUGCUGACGCAUAGAAACAGAAUCAUACAAGCUUAAAUAUAGUAGAACAGCAACACUUCUUUAAAGUAAUAUAACCUGCGG